AUGGCCAUAACAAGUUGGAACCCAGAUAUCGAACGACAAAUGGAAGAGGUGGUGAAGCCGGAAUACGGAAUCAACUCCUUCAAAUUCUUCUUGGCCUAUUCGGGUCUAUUUAUGGUACGCGAUGAAGAAUUCUAUUCAACGCGAAUGCUUACCUGCUCUCGACUAGGGGCUUUGGCUCGGGUUCAUGCUGAGAACGGUGCCGUUAUUGAUGAGAAAUGUAAAGCACUACUCAAUCAGGGGUAUCACUGGUCCGGAAGGUCA